AUGCAACUCCACCACCUCCUCACGGGUUCCUAUACCAACAGCACUCUGUUUCUACUUGCGUUUGAUACUAUAUCCCGAACACUGACUCUCAAUUCGACCAUUCCGGGCUUUGGAUUACACCAAUUCGUGACCAGCAAUGCGGCCAAAAACCGGGUUUACGCAAACCCCAUGAGUGAGCCUCCGCGGUUGUUCACCUGGGGUGUUGAUCAGGACUAUCAAUUCACCCACCCCAGCAUCAUUAACACCACAUCCUCGGCCUGCUACAUCUCCGAUGAUGACCAGUACUCUUUCUCCGCUGGUGGUCCAACUGCGCAGAUCAAUUAUCUAGUUGAGGAUGUUGAUAGGGUGGACAAGACCCAAGGUGCUGUCUUGCACGGCGCUCAUGCUUUCGAUGUCAAUGUGAAUAACAAGGGUUUUGUUCCUCACCUCGGUAUGAACUCUAUCUUCACGUACGACAUUGCCGACAAUGGCACGGCUCAGCUUCUGUCCAUUAACUUGAGCCCAACGGAGGGCGAUGGUCCCCGUAAUUCGUAUCCUAGCGAGGAUGGGAAGCUUCUCUACGUGGUUACAGAACAUAGUGAUUUAUGCUCUUAUGGUUUGAUCGUUCUGGAAUUGACAAUUUCUAUCCCAGCUCAAUGGCUCGACGUUUACGAGAUCGGUGAAACUCAGCUCAACAUAUACAGCGUGCCAGUUAAUACCGUCCGACCCUCGAGAGACGGCAAGUAUCUCUUCACCUCCACACGCAGCUGGAACUGUCCCGAAGUAAAUGGAUAUGCCGCUGCCUUCGAAGUGGAUGAUGCAGGAUACCUCACAAAGGAAGAUGCGGUGAGCUUUUACGAGGCACCUAUGACUCUUGGUUCUGCGGGUCGUCUUCGCGUUGCGCCUUGGGAGGACGAGACCAAAUGUGAUCCCGAGGGUCCGACGGACUAUAUGUACCUAAGUGACACUUCUGAGGGUUGGAUCUACAUUCUGGACUGGACUCCGUCCAACCAGACUUUGGACCUUGUUGCGUCGCUUCAAUAUCCGGACAACGCAUCGCCAUAUGAGGCUACCUAG